CGCGCUAGUCGCUCACUAGACCUUGGACGUGGUGGAACUGAUUGCGCAAUUGAACAACACGCGGAUCUUAAUAAAAAAUAAAAAAUAAAAAAGAAUACACAUAUAUAUAAAUAAAAUUUGUAAUCAAUUAUCAGAGCAAUGCCAAAAGUAGCGCCAAAAAUCAAAUUAAACAAUGGCCAGGAGAUGCCCAUAAUUGGCCUGGGCACCUGGAAAUCAUAUGAAUCGGAAGCCUAUCAAGCGACCUGUGACGCCAUCGACAUCGGCUAUAGACACAUUGACACCGCAUUUGUUUACGAGAACGAGCAUGAGGUGGGCAAAGCGAUCCGGGAGAAAAUUGCCCAGGGCGUGAUCAGGCGAGAGGAUAUUUUUGUGACCACCAAAUUGGGUGGCAUUCAUCAUGAUCCUGCGGUGGUGGAGCGCGCGUUUCGCUUGAGCUUGAGCAACUUGGGUCUGGACUAUAUCGACUUGUAUCUGAUGCACAUGCCCAUUGGCCAAAAGUUUCACGACGACAACAAUGUGCACGGUACCUUGGAGCUGACGGAUGUCGACUACUUGGAUACGUGGCGCGAAAUGGAAAAACUUGUGGAUCUUGGACUUACCCGCAGCAUUGGCCUCUCCAAUUUCAAUGCGGCUCAAACAGAGCGUGUGCUUGCAAAUUGCCGCAUUAAGCCGGUGGUGAAUCAAGUCGAAUGCCAUCCAGCCUUCCAGCAGGAGCAACUGCGUCAGCAUGCCAAGGAGCACGGCCUAAUCAUCUGCGCCUAUUGUCCGCUGGCCAGACCACAGCCGGCACGCCAUUGGCCACCAUUCCUGUACGAUGAGCGUGCGCAGCAGCUGGCCAAGAAAUAUGGUCGCAGCAGCGCACAGAUUUGCCUGCGUUAUCUCAUACAGAUUGGCGUUGUGCCGCUGCCGAAGUCGUCGAAUAAAGCGCGAAUUGCGGAGAAUUUCAAUGUUUUCGAUUUCGAGCUGCAGCCUGAAGAUAUGGCUGUUAUGAAGAAUUAUCAUACGGGCGUGCGCACAGUUCCAUUUAGUGGGAUGGCUGGCCAUAAAUAUUAUCCAUUUAACGAUCAAUUCUAAGUUUAAUUACCGCAUAAGCUUGCUUAGUAUUUUUUAUAUUAAUAACACAAAACACAGGGUUGUAUUGCAAACAACAACUUGCUAAUCAGCUUGUAAAUGAAUUUCAUUUGAUAAAAACAAAAAAAGAAAUAAGCCCAACAAAAAUACCUAGUCUGCUGUCUUAUCUUAGUAUCUUACGUAAAUAGGGUGAGGAAAAGUAGAAGGUUGUCAAGUUUAACUUUAUUUAAUAUGUAUUUCAUUUCGAUGUGAACUACGAAAAACCCUGAUUGUGUUUAGAGAUAAAGCGCACAAGUUAUUUAAUGCAAUUGCUACGUUCGCUAGUUUCUAUUCCAGACGCAUUGAAAAUCAUAUCUGCUAAAUUCUGUCAUAUUUGUCGCCGGGAUUUGAAGUGUCUGUCUUAUCAGUUGACGGAUUUCAUGAUGAAGUACAAAAGUAAAAUAGUUCAAGGGGAGCGCGGGCGUUAAAUGAUCUUCUGUGUCAGUCGGCACCAACGAAUAAUAGUGGAAAGAGCAAUCAUCAAAUAUUUAUAAUUAACUUCAUUAGCAAGCUCAGCGAAUCAACAGGUUGCUUUCUUGCUACUGUUUGUUAUUUAGUAUUUAAAUACUGUUUUGGUGUUUUUUCAAGGCACAACUUGGUUAGGGCGACCAUUUGUUCUGUGCUUAUUUUAGUGGGUACACACUGAAAUAGCGAACAGCUGUUUAGACUUGCGUUUUACUUUUAAGUUGCUGGUCGGAAAUAUUAUUUUAUGAAAAUGUCGGUUAUAUUAAGACAUAAACUGCCCACGCAAUGGCUUUUAAAGCAAAUUUGUUACAGCACCAGCGCCAAAUCGAGCAACGAUGCGGCAAGUGCCAAAACAAUACCGAAAAAUUUGCUCGAGGAUAAGCAAACGGCGAAUUUGCAAAAGGAAAACGGCGCCAUAUUCGAUAAGCGCCCAUUUAAACUGCACUUGGACAAAG